AUGAAAGGCUUGUUUUCUGUGCUGGUCCUCAUAGCGACUACCGCGUCCGCCGAACUCGAAAUCAUCGGUGGCAACGAAGCCCCCGUGGGCCAAUCCUUGUACGUGGCCAGCUUGCGCCGGUCGGCCGGUGGGGCCGGCGUCUGCGGCGGCACUUUGAUCGCCCCCAACGUUAUCCUGACCGCUGCCCAUUGCACCGGCAAGUCCCCCCCCCUUACGCAUGCAUCAAUUGGGUCGCAUUUUCUCAGCGGAAGCAACGACGGCGAGCAAAUCCGAAUCGUCAAGGAGAUCAAGCACCCUAAAUUCAACCCAACCACGCUAUCGUACGACUUUGCCGUGCUCAUUCUGGAGCGGGAUUCGACCUUUGGCAAGGUCAAGAUUUCGUACGAUGCAGUCCCUGCUGCUGCCACAUCGACCAUCGUGCGCGGAUGGGGCUUCACGAACCAAUUAGGGUCGCCUUCCCAAACCCUCCAGCAAGUGUCUGUCGACACUGUCUCGAACGAAGUGUGUGCUGCUUCGCUAAAGAAAAAAGUAGACGUGUCCAUGCUUUGUGCCGGCGGCAAGGCGGGGAAAGAUUCGUGCCAAGGCGACUCGGGGGGACCAUUGACGACGGUAAUCAACAACACCGAGAGCUUGGUGGGGGUGGUCAGCUGGGGCGUCGAAUGCGGCGAAGUUGGAAAGCCAGGGGUGUACAGUCGCAUUUCCCAAGCCCGCGACUUCAUCGAGCCCUACACGAAGAGCUCGGCGACAGUCCCGAACCCCACCACGACCAAAAAAGCUACGCCCACAACCAAAACCCCCACCCCCAAACCUGCCCCCACGCCAUCCCAAGGGCCCUGUGAUAGCUGCGACGGAUGCUGGUACCCGGCCUCGUCGCACUGUUAUCCUGCAGAGUACGGUAUUGAGUCGUGCGAAAUGUUUGCUGAUCUGGGCAUGGUUUGGUGUGGCAAACAACCUUAGAUACUGUAAACGACCUUAUAAACUGAAAACGUGAAAUUGAAGAGAGCGAUAUCUGACG